AUGGCCAAUUUACGUACACAAAAGAGACUUGCUGCAUCCGUUAUUGGUGUUGGUAAAGGAAAAGUCUGGUUAGAUCCAAAUGAAACCACUGAAAUUUCCCAAGCUAACUCAAGAAACGCCAUUAGAAAAUUGAUCAAAAACGGUACUAUAGUCAAGAAGGCUGUUACUGUCCACUCCAGAUCUAGAACUAGAGCUCAUGCUCUAUCUAAGAGAAACGGUCGUCACACUGGCUAUGGUAAGAGAAAAGGUACAAGAGAAGCUCGUUUACCUUCCCAAGUUGUCUGGAUCAGAAGAUUAAGAGUUUUGAGAAGAUUAUUGGCCAAAUACAGAGACGCUGGUAAAAUCGAUAAGCAUUUAUACCACGUUCUAUACAAGGAAGCUAAAGGUAAUGCUUUCAAGCAUAAGAGAGCUUUAGUUGAACACAUUAUCCAAGCUAAGGCUGACUCUCAACGUGAAAAGGCUCUAGCUGAAGAAGCUGAUGUCAGAAGAUCUAAGAACAGAGCUGCUCGUGAAAGAAGAGCUCAAAGAAUUAUCGAAAAGAGAGAAGCUUUAUUGAAGGAAGAUGCUUAA